UCAUCCUCUGCAUGCGGCGGUGAGAACGACGUGAGUGCUGCGUGGCCACCGUAGUGGGGAUACGAAGGGAGGAAGAUUGACUGGUGCUGUGCAAGGGGAACUAGAAAAUGGGUGAUCCGGGGCCAUAUGGCGUCGAGGGAUCGACGAAGGUAGCAGGAGGUGGAGGAGGUGGUGGUUCUGUCAUUACGCUGCUAAUUAAGAAUCAGUCGCCGGUGGCGCCUUCAGACUUCCGAAUGGAGAUGCCUGUGGAGGCGACCGUUGGGGCAGUGAAGCAGCGCUUGCAGCGCGAUUACGCUGGCCAUCCCGAUCCUGCGUGUCAGAAACUCAUCGUGUCUGGACAGCUGCUCAAGGACGGUGCCGUCAUCAAAGAUGUCUUCAAGCAGUGCAAUCUUGAUGAGGUGCAAAUCAUGCAUCUUGUGGUGUCAGGAGCAAUGCAUCAGGAACAGCGGGAUGCAGGGCAGUCGGCGACCCACACGCUGGGCGGUGCGUCUUCAUCUUCUGCUAAUGCUACGCUCCCAGGUCGGCAGGGUCCUCCAGGGGCAGGAAGUACUAGCCUCGCUCAAGGAGCGUCUUCAUCCACCUCGUCGAGUAUGGGUCCGUAUUCUAUUCCGUCCUCUCCUACUUCGUUAGCAGCUUUGGCUUCUAUGACAGGAGGCCCAUCUGCAUCGGUAUCUGUGCCUGGUGGUGGAGGUCUUCCCACUCUAACGCCUGGCAGAAGUGAGAUGAUGGAUGGGGGCGGUGCAAAUGUGGGACCAGCAGGGUCCACGGGAAUGGGACCUUGUUUGCGCGUUGGGAGACCGGGUAUGGGUGGUGCGUCGGUCCCUGGAGUCACAGACAGAAGCCGGUCGUCAAAGGCUCCUGAAGAUCCCACAAGUGCAGCUGGACCUUCCAGAUCGGGAUUGACAGAUCAUGCUGUCCCAUCUUCAGGUACAGGACCGUCGUCUUCCUCUGCUGCUGCUCCUAGCACAUCUGGCCAACACUCGGACCAGAAAGCAGGUCAGCAGCAGCAGCAGCAGCAGCAACAGGCUGGUUCUAGCAGUGGGGUUUCGUCGUUGAAUGGAAGUGGAAGUGGUGCUGGAGCUGGUCCUUCAGCCUUUCCUCCUCCGUCACAGGAACUCUUAAAUCAAGCAUUCAUGCAGAUGAUGUAUGGUGGCCCAUUUAUGAAUCCAAUGAUGUUCGGCCCAGCAAUGGCUGCUAUGAACCCAGCGUUUGCUGCAGCGAUGUUUCAGGCAGGAGCAUUUGGAGGCCUUCCCCCAUCAACGAUGCUGGGACCACCGGCAAUGUUCCCCGGCAUUCACCCUGGGGCUAUACCCCCUUAUUUUCAGCCAGCAGGGGAUCAACCUCGGCCCCAGGCGCCUGCUCUCUUCGCCAUGCCACCGUUGCCCUUCAUGGCUGGCCUGCCGCCUGGCCCUUAUGGCCCCAUGCCGUUCCCGAUACCUCUGGGUGCUCCUGUGCUCUAUGGGCCUGACGGACAGGGCCAGCCCCAAGCAGGAACCCCUCCACCAGGAACAACUGCAGCUGGAAGGCCUUUUGGUGCGCAGGGUCCAGGUGCGCCGCCUGUACCAGGUCAGGGGAUAAUCGGCAAUGGUAUAGCUUUUCCUGUUGGGAUGCGGCAGAUGAUGCAACCACCAGCAGGAGGUGGAGGCGCGAACGCGGUCAUGGGUCCAGGUGUGCCGCCUCAGAUGCAGGGGGACAUAAAUCGGCCGGGGCAUCAGCAGCCGAGGCUGUUGCUCAGACUGCGGAUUGAUCUGAUGCUGCUCUUCAAGCUUAUCCUUAUGGUUUGCGUCUUCAACCAGGAUGGGUCGUCUGAUCGACUACUUGUGCUCUCCCUGCUUGCUGCUAUUGUUUAUUUGUACCAAACUGGGGCGCUAUCGCCACUGAUGUCUUGGCUAUUUAGAAGCACACAACGUGCCAUGCGGCCACAAAUGCAGCACGCACCCCCUGCACCUGCCCAUGGUGGAUUACCUGGGGCCGGAGCCGAAGAUGCAGCUGGAAUUGGAGGUGCUGUAGGGGAUGGUGGGAAUGCGCGCAGGGGGGCGCAGGAGGAGCCUGCGGCAGAGAGAGAAGCCCGGGGAGGGGAUGAUGACGAAGCGGCAGGUCCAGGUCCAGAACAGCAGCCAGGGUUCCCUCAAGCCCAGCAUCUUCCUGGAAUGGAUAGAUGGCGGAUUUUGAAUGAAUUAAGAAUGUUUUUGCUGGGUUUUGUGACGUCUUUGCUGCCAAUCUUUACAGGCCCUGAGAAUCCCCCUGGAGCACCCAUCCAGCCAGGAGGUCUACAGAGGGGGGGGGAUGCUGCUCCUGCAAGAGACAACAAUAGGCCACAUCAGGAGUGAGCAGUCACAUCAGGAGUGAGCAGUCUUAUGUGGCAUCCAGCAGGAGGCAAGCUAUUAUGCAUAUGGUGGAAGACUUUAAGACUCCCCUUGGGACUGGGCAUUUACGCGUACUGUGAUACUGCCUGGCUUUUUCAAGCAAAGUGAUGGAAAGAUUGGGCUGUUCUCGGCGGAAGGGUUCUUGCAGUGGCAAUCCCAACCAGGAGAGCACAAGGUUCUAUUACCAUCUCUGAUAGAGUAGUAGACUCUGGCUGUAGAAGCCAUUUCCUCGGAGGGCAGAAGUGACGGCAUAGGCGUACAUUCCCGUACAGCACGCGAUAUGCUCGUGGGAGACAACUAUGGGAAACUGAGUUGAGAAUGUGGUUGCCUUAGCUGGAGAGAAGCAGCCCCUCCAAGGCACCUUGAAAUUUGAAUUUAUUUUCCUUCGUUGUUUUGGAACUUUUUCAGAGUCUACUGUUCUGUGUCCGGAGCUUCUGAGAGUAAGUACCCAUUUUGCCAUUGCCAAAGUUGACAUUCGGAUAAUGCUUUUCGGGAAGGAUUGGAUGGAGAGCGACUGGCCCCUGAAUUUUUUUAUCACAAGAUAGAUUUGGGAGGUUGUUUGCCAUUUUGCAUAUUGCAGAACGACUUACUGCUUGUGCGAUCCUCAGCGGCGUAAUGUUUCAGUACAAAAGGAGCGUUGAAGUUGGUCUUGUUUCCGGGAGUUGUCUGUUAACCGUGUCCAAUUGCGUAUCCGCUUGUUGUCCUGAAAGCACCAUUCGUUGUGUGAUUAAUCUUUAGUCUACCUGAUGAUGGUUUCAUGAAUCAAAUGAAUGGCCUCUA